UUUUUAUAUUAAAUUAAGAGUUGGGAGUAGAAUUCUACGUUUCGUCGCUGCCGCGAACGCCACCUUCAGAUUAUCGCCGUCGAGUAGGAUUUAAAGGGUCUUCUUCUGUUCAUUAGGAGUUCGGAAAUUCGAAUUAUCGGAACGGAAGGAAAGAAGAUGUGUAUAAUUGUGAAAUUGAGGAUAAUUUAACCUAUAUUUUUAUUUGGGGCGUUUUGAAACAUCUGAUUUCUUAGCCCAAUUGCCCUUCUAGCAGACAAAGUGGUGUUGGUUUGGCUGUGUGCUGCUUUCAAUCACCUUACUGUUGAAGUGUUCUCAUAGCCGAUGGCAUAGCUGACCUUACUGUCAAAGCGCCCACAUAGCCGAUGGCAUAGCUGUCCAAACUGUAAGAUUGCUACAAGUGAACUAACUACUCGGAAGGAGGAGAGUCAUGGAGGCGAGAGACAGCCCUGGAGCUUCAGAGGAGUUAGCUGUUAAUGACAAUGGCCUUUCAAUUCCUUUGGGUGGACCUAUAUAUGCACCGAACUUGGUUGGUCCUCUCACCAGGGUCCCUCACUUUGAGUCUUCUCUUCUUCAGGAACUUCAGAGUCUGGAAGUAGCGUUACACAUGGAUUCAUCUCAACUAUGUGAUGAAGAUAUUUCGAUUGAUGAGCUUAAGGUGUUUACUGAAGAACAGUUAUUGAAUAUGGCUUUGGAGGAAUCGUCGCAGAAUAAUGAGCGUCUUAAUAACCAGCCAGAACCUCGAGAAGAAAAUUUGAAUGCUCGGGUGGCAAGAGCAGAUGAAGAGGAAGUUAACGGGCACAAUUUGGAGGCUGCUCCUGCACCAAAUGCGAAUAGAAGCACAAAUAAAGUGACUAGAAGGAAACGAAAACAGGAGAAAACUUCUGAUAUUGAGGAAAAUUCUAAUGCAAAGGUGGCUGAAAUUAUAAAAAUAAAACAAAAGCAAGAUGCAGACAGAGCUGCAGUCAAAUUGCAUGCUUUCAAUUGUAAAAAGGAAAUUACCAGUUCAUCCGAAAAAAAAGAGAGGUUGAAGUCCUUGAGGUCUACAAAAUUUUCUGCAAAGGUUCCUCAAGUGAAGUCACUGAGCAGUGUAAAACAUGAAGCUCUGCAGCAUCCAACAACUGUACUUUUUGUCGAGGUUUACCAUAAAUCUCGCAAGAUGAUGAAGACUCAAGAGUUCCUGGCCCUUGGACGACAAACGCUUGCGGAAUUGAAGGACAAGAUUUAUUGCGUGACGAAUAAGUUGAUGGAAAAGGCUGGGCAGAAUGAUUCAUCUGGAUAUUUCCUUAUAGAAGAUGUAUUCUGCAAUGAUUUGAGGAAUCCUUCCGCAAUAGAUUAUAGCAAACCUAUACUUGAUUGGCUUAGAAACUCCGAGGACGAAGCUUGUAAGAAAUGGGGAUGCAUCAUAACCGGUGAAUCGCAACAGAAAAACUCAGUUCUUGGCGAAGUAUCGGUUUCACAUGUGCCCCAUUUUAGAUCAGUCAGCAUGAGCAAGAUUCGAUUUUGUGACCUGAAAUUUAGGCUUGGGGCUGGGUAUCUGUACUGCCAUCAGGGAGAUUGCAAGCACACCAUAGUGAUUAGAGAUAUGAGGUUGAUCCAUCCUGAGGACGUACACGAUCGUGCUGCUUAUCCGAUCGUUACAUUUCAGCUUAGGACCCGAGUUCAGAAAUGCGACGUCUGUAACAUCUACAGGGCUAAAAAGGUUACACUCGACGAUAAGUGGGCGCAGGAAAACCCGUGCUACUUUUGUGAAGACUGCUAUUUCCUUCUUCACUACUCGAAAGAAGGGAACCUCCUUUACAACGAUUUUGUGGUGCACGAUUACGUGCAUGAUUAGCCACGUUCACACAUGAAAUGGCUUGGAUAUCCAUGCUCAUUGAGAUUGUGCAGUUUUGAUGAUGUUGAGUUGGUUCUGUAAGUAGCCAAAGUCUCCAGAAUUAGAGGCUAGAGGUAAAUGGCUGGGGGACUGUUCUUAUAAUGUGUUGUUAUGAAAGGUCAAUUAUUAUAUAGGGUUGAAUACAAAAUAGUCGUAUAUGAGAUGUCAUUGAACCUCCUUUGUGCCUCCUUCCUCAUAAAAGCCAACCCCUCAAGAUUGAAUUAUAUGGUUGAAAAUGUUGUGCUAAGAAGUUAUACAUAUGACCAUUUUAAGUAUAUGUUGAUGAUUUACUAUUGGGAAC